CCGAGUGGCCAGCGCGUAAAAAGAGAGGGAGGGCAGAGCUUCAGCGGCUGGCGCGGCGCAGCGCGGCUCCCAGACUUCACCCCACCCAGCCCUGGAGCCCGCAGCCGCCGCAGGACAGUACCCCAGCUUGGGGCGGAGGGCGGGUAUGCAAGACCAGGACUCCCUGCUGACCUGAAAGCUUUGGUCUGGUCAGCUAGGAAACUCCUGCGGGCGGAGUCAGCAGAUCUUGGAGCUCCCAGGUUAGGUAGGAGAGGUUUCGCCCCGAGCAAGUGGGGUAAGAGACCCCACCUGGCUGAAGUCCCUUCCUCAAGCAAUACAGUACUUCGUCCUCCUCCACUGCGCGCCUCCAGGGAGCCAGAGCGGAGCGGGGCUUCCUGGGCCAGGUCUUACCAACCCAGGGUUAAGACUGGGCGUGGAGAGGAGCAUCCUGAGACGCGGCUGCAGCGCCAGGCGCACUGGAAGUGCAGGGGACGCGCCCGACUGCCUCCGCUGCAGCGCCCGUGACCUCUAGUUACAGCUAGGAAUCUGGGCGGAGGAGUAAUUGAGGAACCCACGGAACUGACUAGCAACGGGGGACAAGCCUGUGGUCUCCACAGUCCUUCCGCCCACUCCCUCGUCCGCUCCAUGCCCGAGAGCUGCGCUCCAGAGCCUGGGCGAGGAGAGCCAUGGAGGAACUGGGUGCUCAGUGCGCCCCGCCGCCGCCCGCCGGCUCCCAGACCAGGGUACCUCAAGCCAAUCUCUCCGCUGCUCCCUCCCACAACUGCAGCGCCGAGGGCUACAUUUACCAGGACUCCAUUGCCCUGCCCUGGAAAGUCCUGCUGGUUAUAUUGCUGGCGCUCAUCACCUUGGCCACCACGCUCUCCAACGCCUUUGUGAUCGCCACCGUGUACCGGACCCGGAAGCUGCACACCCCGGCCAACUACCUGAUCGCCUCCUUGGCAGUCACAGACCUGCUCGUGUCCAUCCUGGUGAUGCCCAUCAGCACCAUGUACACGGUCACCGGCCGCUGGACACUGGGCCAGGUGGUCUGCGACUUCUGGCUGUCGUCGGACAUCACCUGUUGCACUGCUUCCAUCCUGCACCUCUGUGUCAUUGCCCUGGAUCGUUACUGGGCCAUCACGGACGCUGUGGAGUACUCAGCUAAACGGACUCCCAAGAGGGCGGCGGUCAUGAUCGCGCUGGUGUGGGUCUUUUCCAUCUCUAUAUCGCUGCCGCCGUUCUUCUGGCGCCAGGCCAAAGCCGAGGAGGAGGUGUCGGACUGCAUGGUGAACACCGACCACAUCCUCUACACGGUCUACUCCACGGUGGGCGCUUUCUACUUCCCCACCCUGCUCCUCAUCGCCCUCUACGGCCGCAUCUACGUGGAAGCCCGCUCCCGGAUUUUGAAACAGACGCCUAACAGGACCGGCAAGCGCCUGACCCGAGCCCAGCUGAUAACCGACUCUCCAGGGUCCACCUCUUCGGUCACCUCGAUUAACUCGCGGGCUCCGGAUGUGCCCAGCGAAUCCGGGUCUCCGGUGUACGUGAACCAAGUCAAAGUCAGAGUCUCUGACGCCCUGCUGGAAAAGAAGAAACUCAUGGCCGCUAGGGAGCGCAAAGCCACCAAGACCCUAGGGAUCAUUUUGGGAGCGUUUAUUGUGUGUUGGCUGCCCUUCUUCAUCAUCUCCCUGGUGAUGCCUAUCUGCAAAGAUGCCUGUUGGUUCCACCUGGCCAUCUUUGACUUCUUCACGUGGCUGGGCUAUCUUAACUCCCUCAUCAACCCCAUCAUCUAUACAAUGUCCAAUGAGGACUUCAAACAAGCGUUCCAUAAACUCAUACGCUUUAAGUGCACAAGUUGAGUUGUCAAUUGCAGUGGGGUUGCCUAAGCGACCUUUGGGGACCAAGUUGGGUCUGGUUCCACAGGUAGGUCGACUCUUCUUUCGCUGUUACUAGGUCGGAACAAGGCUCUUUCUUCUGGGCAAGGGCAAUGGAUCCUGAGAAGCCAGGACAGCCCCGAGAGAAAGCUCUGGAAGGAGAACUGUUCAAACUAAACAUAGAGCUUCCCUACUGAGGAGGAGGCUCAGUUCCUCCCCCCAGACCCCAAGUCAGCACUGACCCUGCGGCAGCCAAUCACAAAGGGGGUUGGAACUUAUAAAAAUUGAUGAUGUAAAGGGUAUUUCUGCCCUGCUUUGUCACGAAUGAUGCCCUCUAGAAACAGUGGUACUUGUAGUUGUGUCAGAAGACUGUCUGAGACAGAUCUUCAUACAGCCUGGUAGUACUUGAACUAGAUGCUUAAUACUUUGUGUUUUGGGGAGAACUUUAUGUUACAGCUUCAUUUCAGAACAGUUUCUUUGACAUCUUUCAGGUUUUGUUUAUUUAAACUCGGUUGGCGAAACAUGUGGAUCUGGUACUCAAACCCUAUGUGUGUUUUGGAUGUCAGAGAAACCUUGAAGAGUUGACAGCAAAAUUCUGAUGCUAAGAUCUCUAUUUUUAUUAUAAUUGAAACUAUAUGGGGAUAGGUGGGUGGGAGUGGAAGAGGGGGGAAUAUGAAACUGAGAAUCAACACCUAUUAUAGUUUAUUUUCUGCAGAUUUGUAAUUUUUAAAUUCUUGUUGAGCAGUUGUCAAACCACAGCUCUAACAACUCAAACAAAAACAUCACGUGUGCUAGUGCCAAAGUCUGCAGAUGGCUUUAUUCGUUCUCCUAAUUUCACGUUUGUGUCAUUUUACACAAUUAAAUCCCCAUAGAUGGAGGAUAUGAUGGGUGACUCAGCCCAAACUGCUGCUAUAUUUCUUAUUAAUACAAUCGAUUAAACCGAUUAGUAUUAAAUAUGUACUAUCCUUUAACAAGGAAAGUAUCUUCUUAUCCAAUUCAGGAGGAUGUGAAGGCAAAGGAUGAAAUACAAAUGGAUAUUAUACAAUAAGGAAUGAGAGGGCAAUAGGAGGAUGUAUAUUUGACUGUAAAAAAAUCUUAAAAUGCAUGAGACAUUUUUCUGAUAGUCAUUUGCACUCUUCCUUCCCAUCUGUGAUUCCUUUGUGUGCUAACAUAUAAACUAAUCAAGAGAAGUAGCUAUCUCCUCCAGAAAUCUUCAAAAUGUAGCACAAGCCCUAAAAACUCUAUUAGAGAGAGUGACAGAGAAAAAAAAAAAAACAACUUGUUUCUUUUCCCUUGCUGUCGAAGUUUGCCUAAGAAAAUAGAAAGAUUACUAGCAAAUGACAUGCAAAAACUGCUUUAGAAAAGCUUAGAGAAGCUAAAAUUGAGCCUGUUUUCCUUGUAACUCACAGAACCAAACCCCUGACUUACUAAGUAAUCAGGAAAGUGCCAAGACUUUGAGCCUUGAAAAUUUGUCACUGACCUGACAAGUCAAUGAAUAUAAUAUCUGGAAUAUUUAAAAUUUAUCCACCUUUUCAAAUUUCAAAAAUACAUAGUUAUACUAUUUCAAAUUAACUCUGAAGGCUCCCAGUUCAUGGCAAAAAUCGCACACUAAGAGAUGAAAAGAAAAUGGAUUAUCUUAAGACAAAUAAGUAUCCCUGAAGGAUCACCUGCACAGAAAGAAAAUGUAUAUUGGAAACAUUUCACAUGCCAAAGAAGACCCACACUCCCUUCUUCAGAAGGCUUUCUGCAUUUGAUACCUUUUGUCUGCAGAGGCGAGUUGUCUUUGUAAAAUAGAUUCACUCCUUGCUUGAAGCUCCCCAGUUCAGAUUGUCAAACAAUAGAUGUAUUGAACUGAAGGACACUGCUUGCUUGCCUACUGUGCAGACCUUCACACUGGAGUAAUGACUCUCGAAAAUACACUAUUCAAAGGUUCACAUGUAAGUACUCAAGAUAAGAAAUUUUGAUCAACAUUUAUACCUGUCACUGCAGCAAGGUAAAAUUUUAGGUAUUUGAUAAACCUAUACUUCGGCUGGAUCCCAAAGUUUCUUUGUUCGCUUUUGUGACAUUUCUCCUAUGGAGGAAUGUGCAUAGAGGGCACUAUUUGUUUUUUAUGUUAUUAAUAUGUUUGUCUUUUGUUUAUGCAGCUGUGUUUUCUUUGGGUCUGUGAGACAAUUAAGUCAACUUCUAAGAGCCUUAGGGAGAAAAGAAAUUUAAAUAAGGAGUCACUUAGACAUGAUUUCUUUAUAGGGCAAUGAUUGUGUCCUUAUAGUAACAAAAAACAAGGUCAAUUUAGUCAACAGGUUGCUUACCAUUUUGUAGAAUACCAACCUAAGUUUUUGCUUGAUUAUUUAAGCCGAAUCGACUGGAUUUGGGCAUAUUGUGUAAAGUAGAAGCUUGCAAACCCUUGUAUUUAUAAGAUCUGGAAUCACCAGCCAGCAUUGCACAUGAUUAUGCAAAGUGUAUUAUUCAUCCCAGGGGUAUGUAGUUAAGACUGUUAAACUCCUUUUCAGUUACUGCUGCCUAUGGUAUAGUUUGUUUCAUAAACUACACACAUGGCUUUUUUGCAGAACAUAAAAUGAGAGAACUGUUUAACUUACAUAGGAAUGAAAAUAUAUUUUCAUUGGCUGUGAUUACAAAUAACAUCUUUCAUAUUGUUUAAUUGCACAAAAUUUCACACAAAUAUAUGAAUGUAUAUUCAUCCGAAAAUGCCAGUAUUGUCUUGUGUUUCUAGGAAUUUUAGAGUUUCCUUUGAAAAAUGGACACUGCACCCAUGAAUGAAUAUUUAUUGAGUUCAACAAACUUCUUACAGAACAAUAGUCUUCACCUUUCCUCUCUAUUAUCUUAGUUUUAUCUUUAAUCAGGAAACCCUGAGAGGACUAUAAUUCACUCAAGCAGUAAGAUCUCAAAUUAUAUGUAUUUGAUGAAGA